AUGCGCCCCGGUCUCGGUCGAAGGCUGCCCCUCCUCCUCCGCGGUCAACAUGCCACCAACAACACCAUCACCGCUGCCACCCGCCCCUUCUCCCAAACUACACCCAACCUCUCCCAGUUAGGGGCCGACUUCACCCACGCAGUAAUUGGCGGCGGGGUAGUUGGCCUCGCCAUCGCGCGAGCCCUCGCCCAGCGCUCCUCCUCCUCCACCCACAACGGCGGCAGCAGCUCCACGCUUCUCCUCGAACGGCACACCUCCGUCGGCACAGAAACCUCCUCACGCAACAGCGAGGUCAUCCACGCAGGGCUGUACUACGGCGCGGGGACGCUCAAGACAACGCUCUGCCUGCAGGGCAAAGCGCUGCUCUACAACCUCUGCGCCGCGCACGACAUCCCGCACCGGCGCACGGGCAAAUGGAUCGUGGCGCAGACGGAUGCGCAGCGCGCCGCCCUGCAGCGGCUGCACGACUUUUGCACCCGCGAGCUGCACGUGCCGGUGCGCUGGGUCGGGCGCGACGAGGCCGCGCGCCGCGAGCCCGCCGUGCGCGCCGAGAGUGGCGUGUUGGAGAGUCCGACGACGGGGAUCGUGGAUAGCCAUGCGCUGAUGAUGUGUCUGUUGGGGCAGUUUGAGGAGGCGGGCGGGACGCUGGCGCUUGGGAGUGAGGUGGAGGAGGUGGUGCCGUUGGGGGGGGAUGGGAGUGGCGGAUGGGAGUUGACGGUGCGGGAUGGGGCUACCGGGGAGGUGUCGACGGUGACGGCGGAGACGAUUGUUAAUUCGGCUGGGCUGGGGGCGGUGGCGGUCAAUAAUAUGAUUGUGCCGCCUAAGCAACGGAGGGAGAUGUUUUAUGCCAAGGGGAACUAUUUUUCGUAUGGGGCGUCGAGUCCCAGCGUGAAGACGUUGGUGUAUCCCGCGCCGGAGCCGGGUCAGGCGGGGCUGGGGACGCAUUUGACGCUGGACUUGGGCGGAAGGAUCAAGUUUGGGCCAGAUGUUGAGUGGGUUGAUUCUCCUGAUGACUUGGCCGUGACCGAGUCGCGUCGGGCACAGACGGUGGCCGAGGUGAAGAAGUAUCUCCCGGGGCUGGACGAGAUGCAGCUGCAGCCCGACUACGCUGGGAUAAGGCCCAAGCUCGGGAAGCAAGGGGCGGUGGCACAAGGGAAAGGGUUCGUGGAUUUUGUGAUCCAGAAGGAGGAAGGUUAUCAAGGGUGGAUCAACCUCCUGAACAUCGAGAGUCCGGGACUCACAAGCUGUCUGGCCAUAGCAGAAAGGGUGAGAAAGCUUUUAUAUACUUAA